AUUACUAACGUAGAAAUACCUUACUAUCGACAAUGAGUGGAAGAGGCAAAACCGGCGGCAAAGCGAGAGCGAAGGCCAAGACUCGCUCCUCCAGAGCAGGGCUGCAGUUCCCCGUCGGUCGUGUUCACAGACUUCUCCGUAAAGGAAACUACGCCGAGCGCGUCGGUGCCGGAGCUCCCGUCUAUCUGGCGGCUGUGCUCGAGUAUCUGACCGCUGAGAUCCUGGAGUUGGCUGGAAACGCCGCGAGAGACAACAAGAAGACCCGCAUCAUUCCCCGUCACCUGCAGCUGGCGGUGCGCAAUGACGAGGAGCUCAACAAACUCCUGGGUCGAGUGACCAUCGCUCAGGGCGGCGUGCUGCCCAACAUCCAGGCCGUGCUGCUGCCCAAGAAGACCGAGAAACCCGCCAAAGCCAAGUAAACCGAGUCCGCUCUGUUUCUGAAACAAAGGCUCUUUUAAGAGCC